GGGGAAAGUAGCAUGCAACUUGAAAGUCCAAUCAUCAGUAAUGAUUAAAACCUCAAACUGGCUAUGAUUCCCCCGAUGGAACCACCUUAACUUUUGUACACUAUAGCUGGUUUCUGGGUUUCUGGUUUAACGCCAAAGUCCGAUGUCCUACUCAAGUUACCGAAAUACACCUUUACACUUUGAAUGCCCAAUCUUAGGUAGUAUAACUACCUAUCUAUCAGUUUUGUGCUUAUGAGCACAACCACUUAUAAACAUCAUGGCUCGCAUCUUCAUCACCGGAUCGUCAGAUAGACUCGGCCUCGGUAUACGCUCGGCACGAGCUCUAAUUAAGCGUGGACAUGAUGUCUAUCUACAUGCCCGAAAUAGCCAAAGAGCGCAGGACGCCCGCACGGCCUGUCCAGGAGCCAAAGAUGUCUUCGUCGCGGACCUAGCAUCUGUGGAAGGGACCAAAUCUUUAGCGAAACAACUCAACCAGACCGGUCCCUGGGACGCCAUUGCCCACAACGCCGCACACCCCAGACUUGCGCAAGGCGUUACUAAUCCCAAAAACAAGGACGGAAUUCCCGUACUCUUCGUCGUUAACACACUGGCGCCAUACAUUUUAACGUCUCUGGUAAACCCGCCAGCAAAGCGCUACGUCUUCGUUUCUAGCGGCAUGCACAAGGGUGGUGAUCCCUCCUUACUCAAUAUCCAGCAGUGUAAUUAUAGCGAUAGUAAACUGCACAAUGUCUUGUUAUCGUUUUGGUUCGCACGCCGCCUCGCCGACAGGGGUGUUCUGAGUAACGCCAUGAGCCCAGGAUGGGUUGCUACUAGGAUGGGCGGCUCGUCAGCGCCCGAUGAUAUCGACGCGGCUGUCGAUACCUACGUCUUACUAGCUGAGGGGUCAGGAGUUGCCGAAGGCGAGACGGGGAAGUAUUGGUAUCAGACUCAAGCCCGGAGUUCUAGUGGCACAGGCCAUGAAACUAGCUACUUAAAAGAACUCGAUGACGAAGACCUACAGGACCAGUUGAUCGAGACCCUUGAGAAGAUUUCGGGCGUUAAGCCGCCCGAGUACUUCACGAAUUGGGAUAUAGAUUAGGCAGCUACCAGAUAAGAGAAUGACACCCCCUUGAUUCCAUUGGAGACCUUUUC